CUAAAAUACAAACAGAGAAAGUUAUUUUAAUGUAUCUUUUUUAAUUUAAUUUAAUUAAAUGUAAUUAAUUUAGGUUAACUUGAAUGUAGUUUGAUUGGAUGACAGUGUGUUGCGUCCAGCAGAGAGCGCUGUUGUCUUCAAGUUAAACUCUGUAUUUCUUCUUAUUAUUAAAACAUUUGAUCGAACUAAUGUCAUUAAUUAAUGGUGAUAUUGAUAAUUUAACUAUAUUCAAUGUAAUCAUCGAUUGACUUGAUUUCAUUGAUUAUUAAUCAAACUAAAUGAUUUAACCCUUACAGCCCAGAGACAUGUGUCUGUCCUCCAUCAGUCUGUCUCACUGCUGCUUCUUCAUCAUCAUCAUCAUCACAUGGAUUAAAAAUGGCCGCCGGCAGCUGACCCUGACGCACAAAGAGAAAGUGAUGAGUCAUGCUGGAGGACGUUCACAUGAUGUCCCGCACUGUGAGUCCACCAGUGCCUUCGUCUUCUUCUUCUGUGGUGGAGUCAGCACAGCGGAUGAUCCUCCAUCUUCUUCUUCUUCUUCUUCUGAUCCUUCUGAUCCUUCCGUGGCCCAACCUGGUGAUGACAUCAUCACCAUUUACCGCGGUCCUCUGGCGCCGUGGCAACAGAGUGUCUACCAACAACUUCUGCCAACGUUCGGAGAUGUCGGAUGGAGGACUGGCGGUCCGCUGCAGUGGACUGAGACUGACACAGGUACCUGUCGGCUUCUCUAACUUCACCAUCCGUCUGUUUCUGGAUAAAAACCUGCUGUGUUCUCUGCCAGCCGACUCCUUCUCAGAUCUGAUGCUGCUGGAUGAGCUCGACCUGUCGCACAACCAGCUCUCCUCCCUGGAAGCUGGUUGUUUCCGCGGUUUGGCGUCCUCGCUUCGUCUCCUGGACCUGUCGUCCAAUCGGCUGUCUUUGUUGGACCCGGCGGCGCUUGGCGGGCUGCGAGCUCGCACCAACGUCACACACAACCCCUGGCACUGUGACUGUAGGAUGCAGUUGUUCAUGCCUCAGUUGGAUCUGGACCCAUCUUCUCUGUCUGAAGUCGUCUGUCAAACCUCCGACCUCCCAAACCUCGGAGCUGUUGGGAUGCCUCUGGUCCUGUUGGUGGAGGACUGGGAUCUGUGUCUGUCUGUGAGGAGAUCCACUGAUGUGGUGAUGCUGGUCACCAUGUUCCUCUGGUUCUCCACGGUCAUCUCCUACCUGGUCUACUACAUCCGACAGAACCAGGAGGAGGCCCGCCAACACAUGGACUACCUCAAGGCUCUGCAGGUGGAGAGAGCCAAUCACAUUUAAUUCUAAUGGCACAUUCACAACAAGCGCAAAGCCAACUUUUUGCGUGGUGUCAAUGCAAAUAGGCAAAUGUCUGCCGGGCGGCCUAAUUGGUGCAACGCAAACACAUGGAAUUUGCAUCAUUCACCUAUUGAUGCAAGCAAGAAAUUUGUGUGUCUCUGUGUGGUGAAAGCCUGUCAGUGUUGAGAUCGUCCUCCUGUCCUCACUGACGUCCUGACGUUGUUGAAUCAGAAAUGGAGGAUAAAUAAAUCUUGUAUGUGUCUGUGGUCACCCAGAGCUACGAUAGUCCAUCAUCUCUGUCCAGAGACCAGAACCAACAACGUCUCUAGAUGACGUCAUGUUGAGUGUUGAUGGAGCAGCUACAUAGCCUGGCUCUGAUCCAUCCAGACUCCAUUCAGAAAACAAGCAUUUAAUAAGUUGUCUGCUUGUCGUCAUGGUA